GUGUGUUCACAGAUUGCCAGUAGCAGGAUCUGCUGCAGAACCACUGCAUUGCAGGCCAUUUGGGCAGGGCUUGCUGCAAGCGCAUCUGCACUGCUGAUAAAUGGAAAGGAUCUCAGGAAGUUUGUAGAUAUGUAAAAUGAGAUGGCCUUCAGUUUAUUUCUUACUAUGUGGUAGAUUUCUAGGCAGUAAAGAGAUGAAUUAAAACAUUUUUAUGCCCUUCAAAAAUGAUAUUAAUCUUUUUUUUUUUUUUCAUGGAAAUGGACCCGUGGUCAAAUUCAGUCUUGCCCAUAGUGCAAAAGUAGGGCUGAAUGAUUUAUGCACAAAUUUAAUUGCAAUUUUUCUGUACAGUGUUGAGAUUUCAGUUUAAAUGUGAUUAUUUUCUAUAAAUUAAGUUCCAGGCCUUCAACUAGCAUAUAAGUUGUUUUGGGCUUGAAUGACAAUUUAUUGUGCAGGACUACUAAACUCUUUACAGUUCAGUUGCACCACUUGUGAUUUGAAAAUUGCACUCUUUCAAAUUGUAAUUUAAAUAAAUAGUGUAAUCAUUUAGACUUUAUAAUUGACCAGCAAAAUGGAUACUCAUGAAAAAGCCAAUAAUGUCUCAUUGCUCAAGCCAAAAGCUCCCAAAUCAAAAAACAAAGAGAUGUAAGCUUUCUUGUAUUGAAGUGAGGGCUCCCCUCCAUCUGUUGUUUUGUUUUGAUUAAGAAAGUAUCCUACUCUUCCCGCAUGCAGUUAGUGCCUGUUCUUUGUAACGUAUUCCUCAAAGUAUACAUAAAAUUUGUUUUAAGUCACUUACUGUAAGUCAGUGUAGCCGUUACCUGUGGGCCGUGUAGGGAAGAUAAAAUAACAUUAGCCCCUCCACUUCUUAGUAUAAACAGAUAUUUAUGGAGAAAGAAGAAACCUCAGCUUUAAUUCACUUCUCCCAGUUAAAUCAAUAAUAGUCUUUUCCCUUCUGUAAACAUUCAUGCUCACGAGAUCUGUUAAGAAAACCUAAUUAUAUAAACGGUUGACAGUUCUGAAAUCAGGACGAGUUUUAUUUUUUUGUAAAAGAAACAAAACAGAAGUUGCCUUAUUGACUUCACCCCUUGUCUGGAUCCUUUAAUUGUUAAAACAAUAGAUGUAUGUGAUUUUUUUUGUUUUGUUUUUGGUUUCAUUUUUAUCUUCAAUUUUUAUAUUUAAUUGGUAUUCAGUCAGCAGCGGUAGUUCCUUGUGCUAUUACAAAACAAAAAGAGCAGUCCCACCCUUACCUUUGAAGUGAAAAUUUCUACAUUUCUAAAUUAUAUUAUGAGAUGUGGCAGAGAAAAGAUUAUGGCUGCGAAAAAGGGGUGUGUUUUGCGCCGGUGACCACACCUACCUUCACUGUAUUGCACUAACUUUGUUCUUGCUCCGCCCUCUUGACUCUGAGACCACCACUCAUGACUCGGCCUGCUUCACUCUAACCCCGCCCCCUCUAGCCUGUGUCCUCAAGUUUAGAUGACCUUGUGCGCGUGCCUGUUCUCAUCUCUAAUCACCAUCCAUGGCUCUUUGGUUCCUCCCCCUUCUCCCUGUAUAUGCUCAGUAUACAGACAGUACUAACACCGCCGACUCUUUUUGUUAAAGUGGUUUAACAAAAAGCUGCAUGCUGGUUAAUGGUUUUGGUAUUCACCUUUUUCCACAUCUCUUAUGAUUACCUUUUGUGCCUUUUUUGUCUUCAGUGGGAAAAAAAGUUUCUUUUUUUCUUUUGUACUCAUGUCGGUCUUAUUUUUUUACAUCCAUUUUUCCCCUUUAGUGUGCUUGGAAUGAUUAGACACACGUUUUGAAGUGUCUUUGUGGCUUGAUGUAGUUGAAAUGAUAGAUUGCAUUUCAUUUUUUUACUUUUUUAAACAUUAGAAUAAUCUCUUAUUCCGACACGUUCUCUCCCUCUUCUUUCCUCCCACGCACAUACAUGUGCACACACACACUGGGCCUCUUAAUGGUAACCCGAGGCCACUAUCUCUAUCUUUUUCUUUUCAUUUCUUUCUAUCUUCUAUCUCUGUCUCCUUCACCCUCUUGCUCUUGCUGUCUCUCUCCCUAUCUCGCUCUCGUUUCGGCUGCAUUCUGUAUGUUUUCGUGGUGGUUCUGUUGUCAUGGUGAACUCACAGAAAAGCUUGUGGAAGUUUUUAUGUUGAUGCAAGAUUUCUACGUAUGUUGUCCCUCCCCAUUUUCGUUUAUUUUCUCCUCGUUGUUUGUGUAUUAAUCUCUCUGGAGCGGUUAAUAUAUGUAUGUAUGUACGUGCCAUGAUACGUAUAUAACCGUGCAUUUUUUUCCCCCUCCUCCUUUCUCUGAUACUGAAGGUGAAUCAGUAGACUCAGGUUGUUUUUCUAGAGUUUGUGUGCAGUGCUGGCUUUUUAGCUUCAGUGUAUGGUGUAUGAAGAGUGCUCCAUUUAGUGUGUAGACUCUAGAGUGUACUCUGCGAAAAAUGGAUUUCUUGGCAAGUGAAACUGUAUUAAAUCUAACCAGUAUAUCUGAUAUUUCUCAUUUUGAAAUUGCCCAGCUUCAAAACAACCACAGUUCUAUUGAUACACGUAUUUUCAGAUAUGUAAUUCCUGGUUCCGAGUCAGGAUUUGAUUUCAGUAACAAAAAAAAGCCCCAAAAUCAAAAUCCUCAGCAAAUUCAGACAAAAAGCCAAGUCAUUUCAAUGGAGGUAUGUCAGUAUCAAAAGUCCUGCCCCCUUCUCAUUCACUUUACUCUGAUCGGAUGCAUCUAGAUGCAGUUGGUACCAUUUAAAAAAAAUAGAUCAUAUCAGAGAAAAUAGUUCAAAAUUGUCAUACAUUUUUUUGUUUUAUUUUUUCUGUUUUCUUCACAAGAUUAUUACUUAAAACAAAUAAAACAUGUCUAGACAUAGCUCAUAAUCUGUCUGACAUAUGCACUGUAUUUAAGAUGGUUUCACUUGCCAAGACAUAAUUUCCCGCAAGUAUAGAGUGAAGACGUGAAAUAUUCUCACCUGUUUAGUUUAACAGUGACCUUGUAGUGGUAGCCCUGCAUAGACUGUAGGAGCUAGUAGGGUUGCUUUACAGCAGAGAACCCUAUGACCUGUCCUUUAUUCGUUGUUUCUAUCCCUCUCUCCACUCCUCCUGCCCUCAUCCUUCCCUCCUUCCCUCUCUUUUCUCUGACAAGGAGUUCUGACUUCAAAGAGUAUAGCAGGUGAUGAUGAUAAUGAUGAUGAACAGUGAAGAUUUUGUUACGGUGGCUUUGCUGCUGUGUGGGCUUGUGUCGUAAAGCAAAUGUGUGUGUGCGUGUGGGUGAGGGUGUGUGUGAAAAGCUCCUCUUAUUAUUGGAAUAUUUUUGGUCUUUUUUUUCCUCUUUUCCCCCCAUCAGGAUAACAUUGGUCAUCGGCUACUUCAGAAACAUGGCUGGAAGCUCGGACAAGGCCUUGGCAAAACCAUGCAGGGUAAGGUUUGUAGGAACCCCCUCCCCCCUUUUUGUGUGUCUGUAAAUGUGUAUGUGUGCGCGCGCGUGUGUAUCUUCUUCUUUUGCAAAAUAAGGAUGAAAUAACUCCCCCCCCCUUUUACAGUGUAGCCUAACGGCCUCUCUUAGUUCCCUCCUAUAAGCUUACAAUCACUAAACUUUCUCUGCUCAGAAUUACCAGCGCUAUGAUUAAAAACUCACUCCAGAAUGAAAUCAGUAAACAUGUAGCUCCAUGUGUAGAAACCAAUGACUUGAUUAUGUUCAGGAUUUAUCUGUGAUAGAAUAGCUACUUUCAUGUCAGUGUAUUUCUGGCUGCAAUGGGGGGUUGUUUUGAUUGGCUGUGAACAUAAGAUUGGGUUUUCUGAUUGGCUUUGAACAUGUCUCUGCCGCCCCCCCCCCCCAAGAUAAUUCUUUUGAAUGGCUUGCAGAAUGAGCCUGAAUCUCCGCCCAUUUCCACCCCUCUUCUUCCGCCUCUCAGUCGAUCUGUCUGCCUGUGUCCACUCUUGUGAAGUGACCGUACACGUGGUAAUGUGGGUGUGGGAUUUUGCGUGUGUGUUGUGUGAGAGUGUUUGUGUGUGUGUCACCGGUGAGGGGGUGGGGGCUCAGGUGUUUUGGCUUGCAGGGAAAACUUCUCACAUCAUCCCACCUGCAUCCCCCACUCCCCUCUUUUAUAUUAUACAAAAUACUCAAAAGCAGUGCCCUGCCCAUCUCUUCUCCCCUUUCCUGAAAAGCAUGCUGGUUAUAUAGAACUAGAACUAGUAAAUCUUGAGUUUUAAGCAGUGCAGUGGUUGAGUGACAAUCACUGGAUAAAUAGACUGAUGGAUAGAGAGACAGACAGAUAGAUGGCUAGACAGAGAUAUGGUUAUACACAUUAGGGAUGGGCAUUUCUAAUGAUUUUAUGAUCAAGUGCUUGAAGAGAAUUAAAAAAAGUAAUUACACAAAAAUGAAGAAAGGAAAUUAUUAUUCAUCCAUCUAAAUUGUAUAGCCAAAUGUGUUUAACCCUGUUUUGACAAUAUCCUGAUCUUCCUAUCAAAGUAGGUGGUUCUUGACUCAUGCAACCUACCAGACACUCUGUCAGUUGUAGCCUGCGAACACUGCAUUGCCAUUGAUUCAGAUAUGAGAUUUUUUUCUGUUUGGUUAAAGUUUGGAUAAUUUAAUUAUUAUACUACUCACACUGGCUUGUAUAAUGUGAAUAUUCGAGUAUUCGUCUUUUACUUUAGUACUUCAAAAUAGUAAUUUGUUUAGCUGAAUAAAUUAUAAAUUAUUGCCAGUCAUUGUCAUUAAUUAUGACACACCAAUAUUGUUGAUAUUACCUGUACAAGGCUGUUUGGGCCAGCUUUAUAUUUACUGUUUGAAUAGGUAGCUUCGUAAUGAUAACUCUAUUAUUCGACUACUCAUGCCUAUCCCUAAAACAGAUGUACUUUGGUGAUUCCCAGAAUCAAAUUAUAUUUAUUAUAUUUUGAAUUGGCUCACUUUCUCUAGUGCAGGACUGAAGGUUAAAGAGCCUCAAUGCGCUGCUAAAAACUCAAUUGCCAUGUUAUGUUUCUCACAUCUCCUUCUGCUGUAUAGGGAUGCAGCACGCAUAAACAAUGGCCACUGCCUCCCAAUCACACUCACCCACAGAUCUUGACCUGCAUGGUGGAUGGGGGAAAGGGGAAUCAGGGAGGGCAGUGGUCUGCAUUUGUUUGGUCAUUUUAUCUAAAGAUUUGCUUUGAAAAUAAAAGAAAAUACGAAUCAGCAUUUUCAAACAGCAGAGCAGGUGUUAAUGGGAGAAAGAAAAGCAUGGGUUAUGGAGGACUGUAGAGUACACUAUAUUAAUACUAUUACACCUGUAGUCAUAUAAUCAGAAAGCCAAGUAUUCUUAAAUGGCUUAUAUUUGGUGAUUCUUACUGUAUGAAGCUAAUUUUGUUCAAAAAAGUCCAAUUUGUUGAAUUUAGAGAAUUAGAAUAAAAAAACUCAUUUUUGGACAUCAGGAGCAUUUAGAAUUGCUCUUUCAUGUUUUAAGGUGGAGAAGGAUGGCAGGAAAGCAGGGGAUGGUGAGAGGGAUAUCCCCGGAAUCACCCAAAACCCAGAGUGGACGCACUGACCCUGUGCCCAUCAUCCUCAAAUAUGACGUCAUGGGGAUGGGACGCAUGGAGAUGGAGCUGGACUAUGCAGAAGAUGCAACAGAGAAGCGUCGAGUGUUGGAAGUGGAGAAAGAAGACACAGAGGAAUUGCGACAAAAGUACAAGGAUUAUGCUGAGAAGGAGAAAGCCAUCGCCAAGGCUUUGGAAGACCUGAGAGCUAAUUUCUAUUGUGAGCUGUGUGAUAAGCAGUAUCAGAAACACCAGGAGUUUGACAAUCACAUCAAUUCCUAUGAUCAUGCACAUAAACAGAGGCUGAAAGAGCUGAAGCAGAGGGAAUUUGCACGAAAUGUAUCUUCACGUUCCCGUAAGGAUGGGAGGAAGCAGGAGAAAAUGCUGCGGCGUCUACAUGAGCUAGCGGAGCAGAGAAAACAGCAAGACUGUGUUUCUGGUAGUGGGCCUAUGUUCAAACAGACAACAGUGGCAGUCGAUGGAGAUAAGGGUGAUGACGGUGGCUUCUCAAAUGUGGAUGGUAUUCCUAUGACCACAGACUGUACCACAGAGGGAUCAUCAGUGGAGGAUAAGGGAAGCUCUGGUUUUGGUGGUCAGAGCUCACCGAGACCCGGCCCAGCCAUAAGUUUCUCCCUUCGUAAGAACACAUCUUCUCCAACACCGAGUGGAGGGACCCAGGCUGCUAAAGUCAGUGUUUCCUUCUCUUUUGCCAAGAAAGCACCAGUAAAACUGGAGACAGCUGCUGCUGUGUUUGCAGACCAAGGAGAGGAAGCAAUCGAAGAAGAAGAAGGACAGGAAGAAGGAGCAGAGAAAGCUGCAGGGGAGGAAGGAGGUACAGCAUCCAGCACUGAUAGUCCACAAGCUACAUCAGGAGGCACAGGUGGGGGAGACGAAGAACAGCCACAGGGUGAUGAUGGAGGAACACUGGCCUCCACCCUUAACAAACUGAAGAUGAUGAUGAAAAAAGAGGAAGGUUACUCUGGGCAAGAGCCACAGUAUUAUCACUAUGUUCCUCCUGCACACUGUCGGGUCAAGCCCCAUUUCCAAUUCCUACUAUUCAUGAAGGCUUCAGACCAGUGUGGCAGUCGAGAGGAGGAUGAGGAGGCAGAAGAAGAGAAAACAUCAUCAACAGAAGGAGAUGCAGGACAAAAGCAGUCUAAAGACGUCACCAAAACAGAGAAGGAUGCAGGGAAAGACACAGAGAAAGAGGCAACAAAGAGGCAGGGAACGGAUCUUAUUUCAUCUCCUAAAGUAAAGACUGAAGAAGGAUCAGAUGGUGCCCCAGCAAUAGAGGGGAAUGUGGAUCCUUCAACUACUACUUCCCAACCAAUAGAAGCUAAACAAGGGGCAUCUGAACCUCAAGACACUGGCCCCCGUAUACCAAUGGGGCCUUUCUUUCCUGUUUUAAGUAAAGAUGAAAGCACUACUUUACAGUGGCCCUCUGAGCUCUUAGAGUUUACCAAGGCCCAGCCUUCCCUCUCCUACAGUUGCAACCCACUUUACUUUGACUUUAAGCUGUCCCGGAACAAAGGCACCCGAGGAGGUAAAGCCAACAAACCUGCCAAGCCAACUAAUGCUAGUGGAGAUAAUGGAGAGGGAUCCAAGACUGAAGGCACCAUCAGCACCGCUGGCCCAAGUGGAGAGACUAGCCAAGCAGCAACACCACCCAAUACCAGCACUGACAAAAAAGAAGAAUCCUUGAAAGAAAAGAUUGCCGAGGGUGACAACAAAGACAAGAACAAAGACAAGCUGGAGAGCACUGAAGAUGGAGCUGGGGGUUCCAAGAAAAAGAAAAAGAAGAAGAAACACAAGAAGUCUAACAAGCGUUCCAAGCGCAAAGAAAAAGAAAAAACAGCUGCAGAGGGAGAGAUGGAGACAGAGACACAAGGAGAAAAGACCAAAAAGAAAAAGAAACACAAACGAAAGAAAAGCAAAAAUAAACCACAUGCUGAGGAAGAUGAAGAUGAAAAGGCACAAGAAGGUAAAGAACAGAAAGACAAGGAUGACAAGGGUGGGGUCAGUGCCUCUGCACAGAAAAUAGGAGGAGUAGGGGGAGGUGGGAGUUCAACUUUAGAGGGAGCGAAGAGAAAACGACCCCAUAAAGAAGUGUCUCAAAAAUCAGGGACUGAGGAGGGCAGUGCAGGCAAGUCCAACUCUUCAGAAGAGCACAAUGGUACGAAACGUCUCAAAGCUGACCCUAGUGCUGCAUCCUGUUCUGCUUCUGCUCAGAAAAGUCCCGGGGGAGGUCGACCUCCCAGCAGCGAGAGUGAAGAAGAUGGUGGCUCUUCAUCUCAGCGCUCCCGCCCUCCUCAUCGGCGAUCAACACCUUCACGUGAACAGAGGCGUCACCACAGCGAGGACUCGGGACGGUCAGGUCGCUCACGUAGCCGCUCAUCUCGCCGAGGAGACCGUAAUCAUAGACGUAACAGGGGUCAGACGUCUCGUAGUCAGUCAUAUACAAGCAGCUCAGAGCGUUCCUCAGCAGGGAGUAGUGCAUACAGUUGGCACAGCCACAGCUACUCUGACAGCUACAGUGACUACAGUGGUGGAGAACGCCACCGCAGGUCAAAAAGGCGCUCUUCAGACUCUGAGUAUGAAAGGAGAAGUGGUGGACGGUCACACAGGAGGCACUAUUCCUCCUCUUCUUCGGAAGAAGACUCUCGAUCACGUUCGCGCUCUCACAGCCGGAGGAAGCAUCACCGGCGUAGGCGCCAUCGCAGUAGUAGCCGCAGUUCAAGUCGCAGCAGCCGGAGCAGCAGUGCUCGCUCAUACAGACGCAGCAGCUACAGUCGCAGUCGCAGCUCUGCCAGUCGCUCAUCCAGCUCUCCGCACCGCCGCAGCCAUAGCCGACGGGCAGACAGCUCCACGCACCGACGUGACUUUAACCGCUCCCUCAUAUAUCGCUCACAGUCUCCAAGGUCCUCGUCGUCCCGGUCGCAGACACGGAACAGCAGUUCCUCAACACAAGCAACCAAAGGAAGUGGGGGAGGUGUAGGAUUGAGAGAAGGUGGAGGUGCUUCAGAGCAUCGGAACUCAUUCACAGCCCGCCAGCUUCUUGAAAAAGUCCAGUCUCGCAAGGGUGGUGAAGAUGGUGGAUCUGUAAGUAAACCAGGCAUCAAAAUCAAGGACCCUCCACAGGGCUACUUUGGGCCCAAGCUUCCCCCAGCUCUUGGAAACAAGGGCAUAUUACCCCUUUUUGGUAAGCUCCAGGCAGGGAAGAAACCUUCUUUGCUUCCCUUGAUGCGGACAGACGAUGGGGAAAAGUCAGGACAGGGAAAGGGUUCUGAUUCCAGUGGUGAGGUCAUUCUGGUGGAGCCUAUUCGUGAGUUUCCUCCACCACCCCCACCACCUCCUCCACCACCUCUGCAGCAACAGAAACAACAGCAGCAGCAGCAACAACAGGUGGAGGAGCCCAUCUCAAAUGUAGUCUCAGAUGAGACCAGAAACCAAACCUCAGAACCUCAAGUGCUCCAUGAGCAAAGGCCAGUAUUUGAGCAAGAUCCAGCUAACAUUAUGCCUGCUUAUCAAGGUGAACCAGGACAGGACCCCAACAACCAAAUCAUUGAUGGACGUCUAAUGGGACCUGACAUGAGCCAGCAAGCACCCAUGCAUGCUUAUCCAGGCUAUCCUAUGUCCAAUAUGGAAGAGGAGAACAUGGGAAUGGAGGCUGAAGAGGAUGGCUUGGCACCGUUAGAGAGCCAACCAAUCACAUUUACCCCAGAGGAAAUGGAGAAAUACAGUAAGCUUCAACAAGCAGCACAACAGCACAUCCAGCAACAGCUUCUAGCAAAGCAGGUGAAGACCUUCCCCUCGGCUGCUGCAGCUGCAGCCGCAGCCAACUUGGCAGCUGCCGCCAACCUUGUGCCUGCACCUCCUCCACCGCCUGCUGCUCUGCAACCAAUUCAUAUCCAGCAGCCCACUGUGUCUGCAGCAUCAGCCACUUCCAUUACCACAGUGCAGCAUGCCAUCCUGCAGCACCAUGCAGCUGCCACAGCAAUGGGCAUCCACCCUCACACCCCACAUCAUCCUCAUCCUGCCCAUGCUCAGCUAGCCCAGGUACAUAUACCCCAACACCACCUCACCCCCAUAUCCUUAUCUCCUCUGGGCCACACAUUAGGUCACUCUUUGGGUCACUCUUUGGGACACACUGGCCUGAUCCCAGCCCACCCUUCUGCCUUUCUCUCUGGGCAGCCUAUACAUAUAAUACCAGCUUCCGCGCUCCACCAUGCCCCAUUAGCCCUGCACCAUGUCCCUCAUGCAGCCCUUUACCCCACUCUCUUUGCUCCUCGGCCAGCAACAGCAGCUGCUGCAGCUGCCUUGCAGCUCCAUCCCCUACUUCACCCCAUCUUCUCAGGCCAGGACCUUCAGCAUCCCCCAAGCCAUGGCUCAUGAUAUGCUCUGCAAAAAGAAUGAAGUCCCGGCAGUCUAAAAGGAGGGUGAGGGGUAGAUUAUUUUUAUCUGGAUGACAAACUCCAGACUACCAGUCAACCUCUCAUUCCUUUAACUGUGUUAAAGAGAGAACAUCAUGUCAAACAGGUGAAUUGACAAAUUGGAAAACCUCCUUAGACUGAAUAAAAUUUGGAAAUUCACUAAUAUUUGUGUGUUUGGUAAAAGCAGAGAAGCUCAGUGAGGAACACUUUUGAACCCAGGCAGUUCCCUGAUGGACGUGAGCAAGAGGUUUAGCUCACAAAUGAGCUCUUUAUAUUUGUUAAGAAUUUUUGUUGUUUCCUAUGGUGAUUGUUGCUGAUCUCAUUUUUCCCGUGCAGCCAAAGAGACUCAGUGGCUGAAGCCAUAGGCUGGGGGUGUGAUCCUAUAGUAUGGGCCUGUAGUAUGGGCCUAUAGUAUGCAGAGAGGGUAAGGGAGGGAGGGGCAAUUCUUUGGGUACUCACUUUGUGUAAGGGUGUUGGGAUGUCGGCGUCAAGAUAAACUAUUGUAAAUUGCAGAAAUGGUGUCCUUUUAUGAAGAGCUGGUCAUGGAAAUAAAAUGAUUACUUGGCUACAGCCAUAAUGAAAUGUUACUUGGGCAAUUCCAGUGCAGGUCAGUGAUCAAGAGUUAUCUCAAAAUACUUUAUCCUCUGAGUAACAAAAACAGGAACAUGAAUUAUGUGGAAUGGAUUGAAGCCAUAUUUGUCAUACUGAAUACAUUGUUUUCAAUGGUUUGUUGUAAAUCAGUGAUAUGAAGUAAAAACUGAAGCGCUUCACAAAAUGUUCACGUCACAGAAAGUUACACUGUUUUGGGGUGCCCCCACCUUGUCAAGGACUUGACUCGCACUGAAAAAAAUGUACAUCAGGAUGCUGCUUUUGCAUCAUGUAAGGACUGUAUGAUUGUAGUAUUCUGCAAUAAUUUUAUUUUCUAUUUGUUUGAUUUUAAAUUAUUUUCCAUUUUUUUUUUUUUUGCUGUGUUUCCCCCUUGUAUAAUUAGUCCUUUGUAAAUAAUCAUCAUAGACAAAAACGUAUUGUAAAAUAAUACACCUUUGUAACUGUUAAAAAAAAUACGACAUAAAAAGGACACAGUGAAAUAACAUAAGAACACUGUGAGCAGAUAAAUGGGUUAAUAAAUAAUUUGGUCAGGGUCGAUACUUUAGAGGGCUGUCCGGCUGUAACUGGGGUGGUCAAGGGGAUGGGGUCUGUAAUGAGAGGGAUUUACAAGUGUUGUUAAAGUCACCUUUGGAAACAGAAAUCAGACUGUAAAUGGCAGCAAUGGUAUUAGGUUUUUUUAUUCUUUAUCGAUGCGUCAGUAAAUAAAGCGUUUUGAGAUGUAAAUCACUUUAA